UGUACCUAUCUCUUGCGUGGUUCAUGAGCAAAGUUGUAUCUUCCACACCUACCUGUUCUGAAUCAUAAUGGGGUUAAAAACGUUCUUCCAAUCUCUGUUGAGAAUAAAAAAAUUGAAGAUGCUUGAAUGGAAUGAGAGUCACUAGCGACGAACCAGUUUUGUCCACUUCUUACUUCUCCGUUACUUACUAAUAGUCUUGCCCUCUUUUGUAGACAUUCAGAGGGGUCCUUUCCGUCAACGCGACCCCUUCAAAUUUUAAAGCCACUCCCUCUUUUCCGGACCAAGUUUGGAGCUUUGAUCAAUCAAACUGACCCUUUUGAACCUGAGCUGAGACCCUUUUCAGUUGUUCCCACCCUGAGUCCAAAUCACUUGUUCUUCUUCUUCUUCUUGAUUUUGCAGAGACCAAAAUGGAGAAAACCCAGGAAGUUGCAGUGACCCAGAUGAGGACAUUAGUUCAGAAGCUUGGGUCUUCCACUGAGAACUAUGGAGACCCAACACUGAUGAGGUUCUUGAUUGCAAGAUCAAUGGACCCAGAGAAGGCAGCAAAGAUGUUUGUGCAGUGGCGGAAAUGGAGGGCUUCAUUUGUCCCAAAUGGGUUCAUUUCGGAAUCCGAAGUUAAGGAUCAAUUGGAAGACAGAAAGAUUUUCUUGCAGGAUUUAUCUAAUGGAUGUCCUGUGAUGAUUAUUAAAGCAAGCAAGCAUUAUCCUGCCAAGGACCAACUCCAAUACAAGAAAUUUGUGGUUCAUCUGCUUGACAAAACUAUUGCAAGCUCUUUCAGAGGAAGAGAAAUCGGAAACGAAAGGUUGAUUGGCAUUCUUGAUUUGCAACAAAUUUCCUAUAAAAAUGUUGAUGCACGUGGAUUAAUCACUGGAUUUCAAUUUCUACAGGCUUACUACCCUGAAAGAUUAGGAAAGCUCUUCAUUCUAAACAUGCCACGCUUUUUUGUAAGUGUCUGGAGGAUGGUUUCUCGCUUCCUUGAGAAGGCAACUGCAGAAAAGGUUGUAAUUGUGACCAAUGAAGAUGAAAAAAGAGACUUCAUAAAGGAAAUAGGUGAGGAGAUCUUGCCGGAAGAGUAUGGUGGUCGAGCAAAGCUUGUCGCUCUUCAAGACGUUGAACUGGCCCCACUAGAGGAUUGAUUGUACAAAUAAACUGAGGUCGGGGCACCGAUAUCACAGCCCCAGUGGCAGUCCUAUCUGCUAGGCUUACUCCGUCUGUUAACCUGUUAUACCCAGUUGUCAAGGUCAACUGCUGGAAGGCAGCUUCAGCCUGCUUCUUUAUAAUAUGAGCUACUUCAGCAGUAAUAUCAUGUUUUUAUCCAUAGCUAGCAGCACUUCUUCUUCUUGUUGGAUAAUUCCGGUUUUACAAAACGAUGGAUCAAUUCCGGCUCUUGAUUACUUCACUGUUAAAUUGUUAUCAUCCUAUGAACCUGACUGAAAAUCCAAAAUUUAUGAUUUUAUAGUUGUGACAAA